CUUGAAGACUGAAGAACACUUUGGGUCAAAUUAUGUAACGCAUUAUAAGUUUACAGAAAUGUUAGGGCAUUUUGUCAAACCCACCCUUCAGUCUGCCUUCCAAGCAUCUAAAGCUUCUCGAUUUUGUUAUGAACGUACGGAGUUUGAAGCAAAUACACGCAUUUAAUCUCCGGAAUGGCACCUACUGCAUCAAAUUUCUCAUCACAAAGCUGCUGGAAGCUCCGGCUCCGGACAUUCACUAUGCACGCAAAGUGUUUGACAAUACGCCGCACCCAAAUCUGUUUCUCUACAACAAGCUCAUUCAAGCUUAUUCUUCUCAAGGCUCGCCCCUCCAAUCCUUGUCUCUGUAUGUCCAAAUGCGGCUCAAAGGCUUAUCACCCAACGCGCAUUCUUUUAACUUUCUCUUUACUGCUUGUUCCAACCUUGGUGAUCCACUCUCUGCACAUGCUCUUCACGCCGAUUUCGUGAAGUUCGGUUUAGAAUUUGAUAUCUAUGCCUCCACUUCGUUGGUUGACAUGUAUGGUAAAUUGGGCUUGGUUCAUCUUGCUCGAAAACAGUUUGAAGGGAUGGAAACCAAAGACUUGCCCACUUGGAAUGCCUUGAUUGCAGGGUAUGCGAAGAGUGGUAACAUGCAGGGAGCAUUGGGCUUUUUUUCGGAGAUGCCUUCCAGAAAUGUAAUCUCUUGGACAGCAAUGAUAUCGGGCUACUCACAGAAUGGCAAGUAUAGAGAUGCAUUGGGAAUGUAUCUGGAGAUGGAGAAAGAUCCAGGGGUCAAGCCCAAUGUAGUGACUUUAGCUAGUGUUCUUCCAGCUUGUGCCAAUCUUGGAGCUCUGGAAGUUGGGCAGAGGAUCGAAGCUUAUGCGAAGGCCAACGGAUACUUGAAGAAUAUCUUUGUUUGCAAUGCCAUUUUAGAGAUGUACUCGAGGUGUGGUAGACUAGAUGCUGCGAUGUGCAUCUUUGAUGAGAUUGGUCCGAACAGAAAUUUAUGCUCUUGGAAUACCAUGAUCAUGGGACUGGCUGCCCAUGGUAAAUGCAAAGAGGCUUUGGAGCUUUUCAAUCGAAUGCCCUUGGAAAGCAUUAGACCGGAUGAUGUCACAUUUGUAGGAACACUUUUGGCGUGCACGCAUGGUGGCAUGGUCGCCAAGGGCCGAGAGAUCUUCGAAUCCAUGGCAAAGGAGUUCUCAGUUACUCCAAAACUGGAACAUUAUGGAUGCAUGGUUGACCUCUUAGGUCGUGCCGGAAAACUUCAAGAAGCGUAUGAUCUUAUUCUAAGCAUGCCCAUGAGACCCGAUUCUAUUGUUUGGGGAGCAAUGCUAGGGGCUUGUAGCUUCCAUGGCAAUGUGGAGCUGGGCGAGAAGGCUGCAGAAGCACUUUUUAAGCUAGAACCUAGUAAUCCUGGAAACUACGUCAUUCUCUCAAAUAUUUAUGCAUCAGCAGGGAGAUGGGAUGGUGUUGCCAAGAUGAGGAAAAUAAUGAGGGGCUCCCAAAUAACGAAGGCUGCGGGGUAUAGCUUCAUGGAGGAAGAUGACCAAGUCCAUAAGUUCAUCGUUGGAGAUAAAUCUCACCCAAAAUCUGAUCAGAUUUAUGCAUUGUUGGAUGAUAUCCAUGCAAAGAUUGAACUUUAUACAAGUAUUGUUGACUCUAUUACUGACAAUGAGUUUAUCACAGUAAAUUUGUAACAGUUUGACAGUUUCCUUUCUCGCAAACUUCGAACAUUGUCAAUAUAAUCAUUUCUUCUUUUUAACUGCAAAUCUUUUGAGUAUUUGCUAAUGCAAGAAUGAAAAGCAC